AUGAGUGAUAACGAAGUGGAAUAUAAAUUAGUUGAUCAAAAUGAGUUAGAAACAUCAAUUACUAAUAAGGCAAAUCAAAAAUUGAUUGAAAAAGAUGCAGAAUUAGAUGAAAAAAGACUUGGGAAAGCAACGAAAGAAUUAAAUAAUGUAAUCAAAAAAAUUUCAAUACUAGAAUUUAAAUUAUCUAAUUCACGUACAAAGAUAAGCGAAAGAAAAAUUAUACAGAAUGAUCUAAAUUGGAUUAAAGAAAAUGAAUUAAUACCGAGACAACAAGAUGUAAAUGAUAUAAAAUCAAGAUUAAAACAAAGUGUUAGAGAUUUGAAUUCGAAGGAGAAAAAAUUAUCGAUAUCCACUGAUCGAUUACCUGACGAAUCAGAGAAGGAUUAUCUAAUAAGGAUAGGGAAAAUCACUGCUUUUGGAUCUGCAAUUGCUUUUCAACUGGAAGAUUCUGCAGAGGGUCUACAAAAUCAUCAAAAUUUAAGAACCCCAGGGUUUGUAGCGACUACUGAAGUAAGUGAUGACGAUUAUGAUUAUGACAAACAAGAACUUGAUGACACAGUUGCUAAUGAGAGAAAUAUUGACGAUGGUGAUGAACUUUUAUAUCAGAAUAGGUUGAAAAAAUGGGUUAAUAAAAGAUCUCAGCUACGACAGAUUGAUGAUCAUUCGGAUAAAGAAGAAUGGUUUAAACCACUUCCGACAAUAAAGGAUGCUAAAUUAGAUGAAAGUUUUAAAUUACCAGGGGAUAUAUAUCCAUCUUUAUUUGAUUACCAAAAAACUUGUGUUCAAUGGUUGUGGGAAUUAUACAGUCAAAAAACCGGUGGGAUUAUUGGUGAUGAAAUGGGUUUAGGUAAAACUAUUCAAAUAAUAUCUUUUAUAGCAGGUCUACACUAUAGUGGAUUAUUGGAUAAACCAGUUUUAAUUGUUGUGCCUGCUACAGUUUUAAAUCAAUGGGUUAAUGAAUUUCACAAGUGGUGGCCUCCUUUAAGAUGUGUGAUUUUGCACAGCAUUGGAUCAGGAAUGAUAAAGUCAGAAAUUUCUGAGGAAAAGUUGGAAGAAUAUCUCGAAACGAACGAGUCGAAAUCAUCUUUUAAGGGAAUCAAGUCACAAAUCAAUGCAAAAGAAAUAGUUGAUAGAGUCAUGGAAAAGGGUCAUGUAUUAGUUACAACAUAUGUUGGGUUAAGAAUUUAUUCAAAAUAUAUUUUACCAAGACAAUGGGGAUAUGUGGUAUUGGAUGAAGGUCAUAAAAUUAGAAAUCCUGAUUCCGAAAUCUCAUUAACAUGCAAACAAAUUAAAACCGUUAAUAGAAUAAUUUUGUCAGGUACUCCAAUUCAAAAUAACUUGAUUGAAUUAUGGUCAUUGUUUGAUUUUGUAUUUCCUGGUAGAUUGGGAACCUUACCUGUAUUUCAACAACAAUUUUCAAUACCUAUAAAUACUGGUGGGUAUGCAAAUUCUAAUAAUUUACAAGUUAAAACUGCUUACAAAUGUGCAGUAAUUUUAAGAGAUUUAAUUUCACCUUAUCUAUUAAGAAGAUUAAAAAGUGAUGUAGCUCAAGAUUUACCUAAAAAAAAUGAAAUGGUAUUAUUUGUCAAGUUAACAAAAAUUCAACAAGAUUUGUAUGAAAAAUUUUUAUCAAGUGAGGAUCUAGAUUCAAUUUUAAAAGGUAAAAGAAAUGUUUUAAUGGGUGUAGAUGUAUUAAGGAAAAUUUGCAAUCAUCCUGAUCUACUUUAUCGUGAAGCUUUGAUGCAUAAAAAAAACUAUGGAAACCCGAAUAAAUCAGGGAAGAUGUUAGUACUAAAAAAUUUAUUACAAAUUUGGCAAUCACAACAACAUAAAACAUUAUUAUUCUGUCAAACAAGACAAAUGUUGGAUAUUUUGGAGAAAUUUGUUGCAAAUUUAUCAUUACUUGAUGAUGAGAAUCAAAAAUUUAAUUACUUACGAAUGGAUGGUAGUACCCCAAUUGGUAAGAGACAAGGUUUAGUUGAUUCAUUUAAUAAUAAUUUACAAAUUCACGUAUUUUUAUUAACUACAAAAGUUGGAGGUUUAGGUGUUAAUUUAACUGGUGCUGAUAGAGUUAUAAUAUUUGAUCCGGAUUGGAAUCCGUCUACUGAUAUACAAGCAAGAGAAAGAGCUUGGAGAUUAGGUCAAAAGAAAGAUAUUACAAUUUAUAGAUUAAUGACAACUGGGACUAUUGAAGAGAAAAUUUACCAUCGUCAAAUUUUUAAGACCUUUUUAACAAAUAAAAUUUUAAAAGAUCCAAAGCAAAGAAGAUUUUUCAAAAAUAAUGAGUUACAUGAUUUAUUUACCUUGGGUGAUCAAAAUGAAACUGGAACAGAAACAGGAGAUUUGUUUAAUAACGGUCAUGAAGAAAAAUUUAGUGGUACGAAAGAACGGAAAUCAACAAGUUUAAUGAAAAUGAAAUUCAAAAAUGAUGAUGAUUUUUAUAAAGUGUCAAGCAUUGCAGGUGUUUCAAAAUUGGAUAAAUUUCAAGAUGGUGAAGAUGAAGAAGAAAAUAAAAAUGAUGAAAAUAGAUUAAUGGCGGGGAUAUUUUCAAAUAGUGGAGUUCAUUCAACAUUAAAACAUGACGAAAUAAUAGAUUCAAAAAAUCAAGAAGUUAAUUUAAUUGAACAAGAAGCGGAUAAACUUGCAAAUGAAGCUGCAAAAGCUUUGAAGAAAUCAAGAUUAUUAACAAGAAAGAAUGAAAUUGGUACACCUACAUGGACUGGUAAAUUUGGAAGUGCUGGUAAGUUUGGUACUAAAAGAAGAAAAAUUGAUAACAAAAAUAAUUCAUCGAGUUCUAUUUUACAAAACUUAAAACAAAAAAAUGAAUUACAAGAUAAUAAUGAAAUGCCUGAACUUUUAAAUAGAAAGAAAACUGUUGAAGCAUUAGUUGAUUUUUUAUUAGAACAAAAUGAUCAUUUUAGUAAAUCAAAUGAUAUAAUAAAAAAUUCAAAUAUUAAAAUGGCAAAUGAACAAGAUAUGGUUUUAGUUAGAUCAAUGCUAAGGGAAAUUGCGGAUUGGGAUGGUGUAAAAAAAGGUUGGAAAUUAAAACAAAGCUUCAUAGAAUGA